UCUUCUUCAGCACAUGCCAAAGCAGUUCCUCACAACCUCUGGGACCAGAGCAUCUUGGGUGUGUGACAAUGGAAGAGUUGGAUGCCUUAUUGGAGGAACUGGAGCGCUCCACCCUCCAAGACAGUGAUGAAUCCUCCAGCCCAGCUCCUCUUUCCCUGGAUGAGCACUGCAGAAAGGAGAGUAACCUUACUGAGACUUCAGAGACCCUUUCUGUUCAGAAUGAUGCAAGUCCCUUGCCGGUGCAGCUCGUGUAUACUACCCAUAUCCAGGAGCACAAUAUCUACAGUGAGGUCCAAGAGCCAAAGAAAGCACCACAUCCUCCUAAAACCUCAGCAGCUGCUCAGCUGGAUGAGCUCAUGGCCCACCUGUGUGAGAUGCAGACCCAGGUUGCAGUGAAAGCAGAUGCCAGCAAGAAACAAACAGCAAAUAAGCAAGAUCCCAAGGCCUCCCUGGACUCAAUGCUGGGGGGUUUGGAGCAGGAUCUGCAGGACCUUGGAGUUGCCACAGUGCCCAAAGGCCACUGUGCUUCCUGUCAGAAACCGAUUGCAGGAAAGGUGAUCCAUGCUCUAGGGCAAGCGUGGCAUCCGGAGCACUUUGUCUGCACUCACUGCAAGGAGGAGAUUGGCUCCCAUCCCUUCUUUGAGCGGAGUGGCUUGGCCUACUGCCCCAAGGACUACCACCAUCUCUUUUCCCCACGGUGUGCUUACUGUGCUGCUCCUAUCCUGGAUAAAGUGCUGACGGCAAUGAACCAAACCUGGCACCCAGAGCACUUCUUCUGCUCUCACUGCGGAGAGGUGUUUGGUGCAGAAGGCUUUCAUGAGAAGGACAAGAAGCCAUACUGCCGGAAGGAUUUCCUAGCCAUGUUCUCACCCAAGUGUGGCGGCUGCAACCGCCCCGUGUUGGAAAACUACCUUUCAGCCAUGGACACCGUCUGGCACCCGGAAUGCUUUGUGUGUGGGGACUGCUUCAGCAGUUUUCCUUCCGGCUCCUUCUUUGAACUGGACGGACGUCCAUACUGCGAGCUCCAUUACCAUCAGCGGCGGGGCACACUCUGCCACGGGUGUGGGCAGCCCAUCACUGGCCGCUGCAUCAGUGCCAUUGGCCACAAGUUCCAUCCCGAGCACUUCGUCUGUGCUUUCUGCCUGACACAGCUGUCAAAGGGCAUCUUCAAGGAGCAGGACGACAAGACCUAUUGUCAGCCCUGCUUCGUGAAACUCUUCCCACUGUAAUCUCAGCUGAACCCACGGCCUCCACAGAUCCCCUACAGAAUUUAAACCAGGAGGGGAAGGAGUAUACUUUGUUGUUACUGCUCUUCAGCUCAGUGGGUGUAUAAAGUAAAGGUAAUGAACCUGUAGUUGUUACAUGGCUAGGCUUGUAGUCUUAGGUUUUAGAUUUCCAGUCUUGUGUUUUUUCUCAAUCAGGUACUUGGGUUUAGAUCUGGGUCCUGUUACUCGUGCCUCUACAGAUGCAUCUUCCACAUGCACAUAUGCAUUCCACCCCCGGUUUCCUCAGAUUUCUCCCGUUUCCACUCCUGCGGUGGCCCUCUUCCCUGGGCCUUUUCACACCUCCCUCAUUUCCCCGUGACUCACUUUCCCAUGACCAGUGCAUUAUCCUCGCUGUCAGGAAUCCUGAUGCCCCUCCAAAGCUCUCUGCACCUCUCUUCAUGUACUUCUCUUUUUCAAGAGGAAGUAGAUUUUAACUGGGCUACUUUGAGUCCUGACAUCAUUGAUAAAUAAAACGGCUUUCAGUUUUAAUGUCUUACAGUCAUGUUUGGAGAUAAAGUGCUUCCUGUGUUACAUACUCAGCACUGUGUGCAGUUAAAUCCAUAUCAUAUCUCUUGUUUACUUCCAUACAAUAGGCACUUUUUCUUAAUCGAAAGGAAUUGAAAGGAGGGACUCCUGUUCACUAACUUUUCUCUUAGU